ACCACGAAUGUCGGCCCACAUGGCCAAAUCUAGGUCGUUUAUUAGGAGCACCAGUUCUAGCCCAACGGAUCAGUUUUCUCUUCGACUUUCGGUCUCCAGUCUUCUUUCCUCGCCGUCUCAUCUAUUUGGAGCUCCGGACUUGAGAGUUCAGAAGGGAGCCGCCAUUAGUUGAUUCGUUUCAUACCCUUACUAUCACCUCCUUCAUGCUUUAGGCGAUCGGUCAAUCUGUUCAGCCGCCCUUUGUCUUGCCGGUGGAGUGGUUUUCUGGUCGCCUACCCUUUUGUUCGUGGGUUAAUACAUGCGUGAUGGUUCGGUUUUGGUUUUGAGAGUGCAGGAAAAAGGGGAAUAAGAAGAGGAUAAGAGGAUAUGGUUGGAAUCUUCUCUCGCUUCUCUUCGAGGAGCGGACACCGGAGGACUCAGAGCGCAGCUGAUGUUAGAGAGAGGCCACAGGAGUUGGAGGUUGCUAUUCCAAUUCCUGUUUCUACAACCCAUGGAUUUGAGGUUGCUGUAGAGUUUAAACCGGUGGAGCACCCAAUAGAGCCUCUCAACCAUGAUCAGCCUGUGCGAUGUCCCAUGCCCGAGCCAUCCAUACUAAAUGAUGGAAGAAUAUGGAAAGAAAGAAUGACUUCAGUGAGCGCGAGGAUGAGGAUGGAGUUGCCUGUAGUGAAAGAAGGAAUGCAGCUGUCGCCUGAAGCAACUGUAUCUGAGAAGAGUCCUCCUGUUAGGUCGACGCCAAGGCGUGCUAUAUUGCCGUCCGUUAGCGCGCCGGAAGGGAAUCUCAUCAAUAUGCUUGAAGAAUAUAACGAAACGAAGCAUCAGAGUGCCGAAGGCCCGAGAACUUGAAGAAAUCUGCUGCUGUUAUGUUUGGCUAUAAUGUUUGUUGUCUGUUGUUAUAAUGCUUCGAUUGACUGUGUAAAUGAUUGAAAGAUAUUGUUAACAGAAGAGAUAAUUGUCUAAAGUAGU